AUCACUUUAAGUGUUUUUGGAACCCAAAAACAUUUUCUCUAAAAGUGAUUUCAGUUAUUUUGAAAGCACAUCUAAACGAGCCCAUAGAUACCAACAUAUGCAAUUGUCAGGUUUAAUUUUGGUUGUAUGUUUGGGCAAGAAUCUCAAGAAAGACGCCCCUCCUCCUUUUGCGCCUACAAAACUACAAACUCUCUCGCCCUCACGCCGCCAAGAUUCUUCCCUCCCUCCGCCUCCUGCUACCACUCCCGCCUCAUACACACACACACACACAAAAAAAAAAAAAAAAAAAAACAGAAAAAUGGGCCUCCUCUUUCUUUUUUUCAAGCCCACCACCCCCGCCACCUUCUUCCUCCUCCUCCUCCCCACCCUCCUCCUCUCUUUUAUCACCAAACCCACUCGCGCGCACCCACACGCAGCAGCAGCAGAUUCCCAUCUCUCCACCCCCGGCUUCGGCGACAUUGCCAGCUCUAUCAACCCAUCUCCCUCACCGCCCCAUCCUCUUCAACCCAACAACGCGGGCCCCACCAGGUCCUCCUCUCUCCGGCCGAGCAUAGCCAUAAUCGUCGCCGUUCUCACCACCGUCUUCUCCGUCGUCUUCCUUAUUCUCCUCUACGCCAAGCACUGCAAGCGCGGUGGUCUAGUUAUCGUCGGCUCAAACUCCAAUUCCGGACCCACCGGACCCGCCCCACGUAAAAACUCCGGCAUUGACCGCUCCAUCGUCGAGUCCCUACCAGUGUUCCGCUUCAGGUCCCUUCGCGGCCACAAGGACGGGCUCGAGUGCGCGGUCUGCCUGACCCGGUUCGACCAAACCGAGGUCCUCCGUCUCCUGCCAAAAUGCAAACACGCGUUCCACGUCGAGUGCGUCGAUACGUGGCUCGACGCCCACUCCACCUGCCCGCUCUGCCGGUACCGGAUCGACCCCGAAGACGUCCUCUUAGUCGACGACGCCGCAAAGCUGUUGCAUCCGAAGAAUAGCGAUGUCGUUUUGGAGAUCGAGAACGACCCGGUUUUUCGUCGGAUUUCGGGGCGGCACUCGUUCGCCGGAGAACACAGACCGGGACAUCAUCAAACCCAAACGUGGUCGUUUCGGAGGUCGCUGGACAGCUGGACGGCAAUCCGAAUGAAGAGCGAGCCGGCCACCGUCGGAUGCUUCGACCGACCCAGAAAAGAUGGACUCCUGUUGGGUCAAGACAGGACGAGGUUGGAGCACCAGAUCAUCGUGUCUCCCACCGGGUCGGGGUCUGAUCCCGGUGGGCUCCAGCAGAGAUGGAGCGACGUACUGCCGUCGGAUCUUCUGUAUCUACGGUCAGAAAUGAUCAUGAGCGAGGGCAUGACACGUCAGCGGGCGCAGCAGAAUGAGAAGAGUAAUGGGCAGCAGGUGAUUGCGGGGCCCGCGGCAGGAGGAGGGCCCGGAGGGAUUGAUGGGAACAGGAGAUCAUGGAGCUGUGGUGGUGGCGGCGGCAGCGGCGGCGGCGGGAGCGUAAUAAAUUCGAGAAGCGUGUUGGAAAUCACGGGCCUGAGCAGGUUUUCGAACAGAGCCACCGGGGGCAAUGAGAGCCAACAGGAACAACAACAACAACGACAGCUCAAGCUUGUGGCCAGGUGGCUGGCCUGGGUUUCUUCUCUCUCGCGACCGGCGAUACGGACGGAGCGUACUACUAUUCCCACCCCCACUGCUCCACCGCCCAUUUGCUAGCUUUUUUCAGGUUAUUUUUUUGUUUUAAAUUUAGUUGUUUAUUCGUUUAUUUUUUAUAGAGUUACUCAGAAGGCGCCAAAGAGAACUGAAGGGAAGCCAGUUCACUACCUUCCAAAAUAUUUUUUAUUUUUGUUCACCAAUGGUGUGAAAUUGUAAUUUUCGUUUUCUAUUUUAUAUUGGUAGAAGGGAUGGAGGUGUGAAACACUGGGAGACAUUAGACUAGACACACGAGCAGAGGGAUAGAUAUUCCAGACAAUCACGGUUAACGAAAUGACACGUGCACUUUUUGUGAUACGGGGAUCUUGCCAGUUUCUUUUGUUUUUGCUCCAAUUGUAUAUACAAGCACUUGUUUUUCUCUUUGAUCUGAAUAUAUAGCAAAAAUUUCUUUUAAAUG